AUGAUCGACAAGGAGACAACCCCAACGGCAAACACCAAACCUGACCUAGCUGCAAAGUACAGAGGAGCAUGUGUCGAGGACCUUCAACUCCCACCUGCGUUCUGUCUAUCUGAAGAUGCACCUAUAUCUCAUGCGUUGGAAGCUGCAUACGAAAGAGAGUUUGAUCAACUGCCAAUACUUAACGAUCGCCGGAGGCCUAUAGGCUACCUAUACGUUCCAUCCCUCAAGCAAAAAUUCGAGGCAGGUACGAUAAAAGAGGAUGAUCCAGUGUACAAAUGUAUAACUCAUUUCCCAAUUUCCUCACGCUCUCAUCCCUAUACGGUCAUCCAUCCUUUAACGCCUUUAGAAGAUCUGGAACAGUUCUUUUAUACUUCGGGAACAGAUUUCGCCUUGGUAACGGAUGUAGAACGUAAAUGGGUGUUGGCAGUGGCUACAAAAGAUGAUUUGGAGACAUUCGUGAAGCGACGAGGGUAA